UUUCAUCAGAUAGACCAAUAAUGGCAUCAUCGCCUCUGACAACAGAUGACAAAAACUACAUUUACCUCAAUAUAGCGACGCUAGAUGAAAUACCACGUAUUUUUAGAAUACUUUUAGAGAGUCAGAUUCAGCCUCAUAAUUUACCUGCAGCAGUGAAAACAUGCAGCACUUUUAAACUUGGAAAAGAACAAAGCGAUAAAGUGAUACCAACACCUCCAAAUGUACCAAAUUACGAAACAUUUGACGUAACUUUGCUUUACACUCUUCUUCGAAACCUCUGCCCCGCAUUCAAACCAACUAAAGGAUGGGGAUUUGAACCGACAAACAUUGACCUUUGUCUUGGGGAUGAUAUUGAGAGGUUGAGAAUUUUACGAAACUCUGUCGUACAUAUCGAAAAACCGUGCGUACCUAAUUCCGAUUUUAAGAUGCAAUGGACAUUGCUUGAGGACAUCUGUAAAAGAAUGGAAAAAAACAUUCCAACUUGCCUAAAAAUAUGUGGUCUAUCAGAAGUAUGGUACGGGACAGAUGCAGUGAUGGACAUUGCAUCUGAAUGUGAAUCGAAUGAUAUUAAUUGGAAGAAGAAAGUAGGAGCAAUCGUGCAUGAAAUCAAUAUAACAACUGAAAAGUAUCAAGGCAGUUCAAAUAAGAAGCUUAUUAUUCGACGGGUCACACAUGAAGAUGAGGGAGAAUACCAAGCCAUAAUGCAAAAAUCGCGUCACAUAUUUGUCCAAUCCAAUCAAAUUGAUUUGAAAGUUUUAGGGAAUGUGCACAUACCAAAAUAUAAAGGAAGUUUUUUGAAAGACCAAUCAUCAAAACUUGUGAUCAAUGAUGCCAAUUUCGAAGACGAAAGUAUUUAUUGUCUUGCUGUUAGAAACCUCGUUGGGGAGGGUAGGAGUAACCCUUUUGUUUUACGAGUAACAGGUUCUACGCCGAUGGUCACCAUUGACCAUAAAACUGACCUGAAAGCAAGAUCUCUUACGAUAAUAAGUAACAUCACCACAACUGAAAAUUCUCCACCCGUAGAUUCAAUCCAUUGGUCAAAAAACGGAAGCGUCAUUCCCGUACUUGAAAUCCCCGAAAAAUACCAACUCCUGAAGGAUGACAAAAGAUCUCUUUGCAUAUUGAACAUAAGUGAGCUUGAUGCUGGGUCCUAUAAAUGCGUGGUGAAAAAUCUUGUUGGGUCUUCUGAAAGUGAGAUCGUUCAAUUAGGUAGACCAGUUAUUUCUAUAGAAGAGGAGACAGAAGGCAAACUGACAAACACCUUCAGAGUAAAAGUAGUGUCUAUUCCAUCUGUUUUUUCUGUCACCUGGGCAAAACUUGUUACAACAGACCCCGAAUCUGGUUACAUCCCGAUUGAUUUAAGUGACCCAAUAUAUAGCGGGACUUCUUGCUCGACACCAUUUCCAAAGUUGGUUGUGAACAAAAGUGAAGCAGCAAAACAUCAGAUAUUUAAGAUUUUUGCAGAAAAUUUCAUUGGGCAGUCAGAAGCCAUUGUAGGCGGUCAGGAAUCUAUUUCAACACAACAAGAAUUGGUUCUGAAGAAACAAGGACUCCAAUGUGCAAUGGGACUCCAAAGUCCGAUGGUCUACGCCAGACCCCGAUGGUUUGACACGGCAAACCCUGAUGGUGCUGAAAACAACUUACCUUUAUGA